GAUAUUAAAUGCCUGUUGAUGUUUGCAGUGACAUAAAUGCUUUGUUACUUUUGUAUAUAGUGGUAAUCUGGUUACUUUCCAGUUUGGUUAUCUCUGUUUCAGGGCGAGGUUAUUAUAAUCAGAGUUUGAAGAUAUAGGAAUUGAUCCAGCCGGGACUACUAACUAGUUAAUUGAAGAAUCGCCUCACUCACUCCCCUUAUUAUUUGCAUGUGAGUUCUAGAACGCUGGCCAUAAUUCAGUCUGGAAGACAGGCAGCACUGGACGUCUGGAGUGGUCUGCAGGGGGACAGUGCAGGAGAGGAGGAAACGUAAACUGUGUCAGAAUUCAAAGUACAAAUCGUUUACAGCGAGAGCUCGUCGCUCCUCCCUAACUCUCCCCGUCAAGUCUUUUGCUUCCAUAAACGGACUCCCAUUGGGAAAGCCAGGUCCUUGACCCUCCAAACAAACGCUCAGGUAUAUUCUAAUAUAGGGCACUGUGUUUCUUGAUUCUCACAGUUGGCUUAAGUUCUGUGACAAUGGAAACAGAUGAAAAAAGAAGCACUGGCAAGAAGAGAGGCAAACUGCUUGCUGGGCUUUUAAAAUGUGCCCUGCUGGCUGCUGGAUUUUUCACAUACCUUCUGGCUGGGGCGAUGGUUUUUCAGAUGCUGGAACAAGAAUCGGAGUCAAAUGUAAAGGAGGAAACGGAGCGCCAUCGGUUGGACUUCCUGAAGAACUAUACGUGUCUAACACAAGAUGCUGUGGAACGUCUGAUUAAGGUUGUUACAGAAGCAGUCAAACAGGGAAUAAAUCCUCUUGGGAAUCCAGAGAACAGCACCCCAAUCCACCACACUAACUGGGAUUUUGGCAGCGCCUUCUUUUUUUCUGGAACAGUGGUUACCACCAUAGGCUAUGGGACAAUUGCCCCCAGAACACCAGGUGGACAGAUGUUCUGUGUGGUCUAUGCACUGUUUGGAAUCCCCUUCAAUAUCAUUGUUCUCAGUCAAAUUGGUAAAAAUCUCUCCCUUUGGUGUAAACUAUUUGCAAAGUUUUGGGCAAAAAAAGGAAUAAAAAAGAAAACAGCAAAGGUCCUGACAAUCAUAUUUUUCCUUGUGAUGGGAAUUAUCGUAUUUCUUGCAAUCCCACCCCUGGUAUUUAUAACCACUGAGAGUUGGUCAUAUGAGGAAGGAUUAUAUUAUGCCUUCAUUACAUUGAGCACCAUCGGCUUUGGGGAUUUUGUAGUAGGAUCUGGACAGAGACGCAAAAAGCCAUUUGAUGGGUUCCGUGCCUUGGUGUGUUUCUGGAUCAUAUUUGGUCUUGCGUGGCUUUCUCUUCUGAUUAACCUGCUGAUUUCACUUUUAGAGGAUACCGAAAAGAAAAUACUUAAAGAUCUACGUAAGAAAGUAAAACAGAGGAAAGAAAGAAGCCAGGGGAAUGCUUUACAAGAGUUGGUCCAAAAGCCUGAACCCAAACAUGAAACCAGUGUGAUUUGAUUAUGGAGAUUUUAGUAUGUUCUAUAUUGUGUGUCUAACACAUUUCAAAAGUCUAAACUUUGAUGCUUACCUUUGAACUACAAUGCAGGAGAAAAGUCAAGACAAGUUGCUUCUUCCAUAUGAACAAUGCUUCAGCAUACAGGAUUUUUUGUUUCUUUGGCUGUCAUCAUUGAAAAUUGGUUGGAUCUAGGAAAUCUGUCCAAUCUACUCGCCAGACCUUGCCCUCAGGUGCUUUAACUAUUCCUAAGAUUGAAAGAUUACUUGUAAGGAAGGAAUUUUGGAAGUGAUGAUGAAGUCGUGAUAUGAGGAGAAUUGGGUUAAAAUGUAUCUAAACCCAAGAACAGAAAUACCAUUUUUUAAUCUUCCCAGUCCUCAGAUAUGGGGACUGCACUACUUUCUCUUAUUUUGUUUCUCCCCUAAAGCCCCUUUCACAUGAAGCGGACUCCAUCCAGUGGAUCUGCCUGUUCAGCGUGGGAACUCUCUGCCAGUGGCGGCUGGUGCUAAAAAUGUUUGGGGGGGCGCCACUCCUCCAGGUCCUUACCUGCCCAUCCUCGGCUGUCAUGGCUCCCAAUACCCAGACACACUAUACACAGAGCAAACACUGUACA